ACCUCCAGUUGUAGAGGGGUGAGCUGGUCCUUCUGCCUUCUCGCCGUCUCUUCUCUAUCCCACUGCCUCAGCCCUCAGGCUGUGGUUCUCGGUUCUUUACCACCACUAACUUCCACAGAUUCURCAGGGUUUUUAUCUCCCUUCAUCUCUUCUUUCAUUUUCAUUUGGAUCAUUGAAUUCAAGCAACCAACUGACCAGACAGUUCAAAGACCAACCAGCCAGCAAGAAUGACGGACAAACCGGUGCUGCCAGCAGGAGGCGGAGAUGAUGCCGGCGGCAUCAUGGCGCUGCUGGAGCGUGUGGCGGGCCUCAUGGACAACGUCCAGGCCACACAGCAGCGCAUGGAGGAGCGUCAGCUGGAGCUGGAGAACACRGUGAAAACCAUCCAGGCCGACGUCGUCAAACUCACCAACGAUCACGCAAACACCAGCUCCACGGUCAGCCGGCUGCUGGAGAAGACCCGCAAGGUCAGCUGCCACAUCAAGGAUGUCAGGGUGCGGGUGGAGAACCAGAACCUCAGGGUGAAGAAGGUGGAGGCCACGCAGGGAGACCUGCUCGCCAAGAACAAGUUCAGGGUGGUCAUCUACCAGGGUGACCAGGAAGUUAAAGCGAUCACACCAGGUAACGAGCCGGCAGAGACCGGCGGUGCAGCUGCAGCAAGGCCUGAGGUGGAACCAGACAAGUUUGAGCUUCCUCCAGAGUCGGACGAGGAGUACAUGGUUGUGGAGGAAGCAGACUCCUCAUCAGCCGGUCGGAUGAAGAAGACAGGCUUGACACGCAUCGAGAGCUUCAAAGCCACCUUCUCCAAGGAGAACAUGAGCAAAACCCGCGAGAACCUGGGCACCAAAGUCAACAAAUUCGGCGAGCGAAUCGUAACGGCCGAAAGGCGCGAGAAGAUCCGCCAGUCUGGAGAGAAGCUGAAGCAGUCAGGCGAGAAGCUGAAGGAGACCUUCACCAAGACGGUCCCRGCGAAGCUGAACCUGAAGAAAGAGAGGACUGUGGCUGAGGGUCAGGAAGGAGCAGAGGGAGCUGCAGAGGCUGCCGUUCCAGUUCCUCCUCCUAAAGGCCGUAAGAGCAGCCCAGCAGCAGCCCGGGCGGCUGAAGACGAGGCCAAGGCRGCCGAGUCUGAGGUACCCAUGUACGACAUGAAGCAGCUGUCAUAAACAGGACAGGUGGCCAGUUUUCUUGGACCUGAGACCACAGAGAGAGCAUGAUGUGGUGUCUGAGGAGGAAGUUCUCUGAUUGACAUGCAGAUGGAAUCACCUCAACAUGACUGAACAUUGAGACAAGAACAGAUUCCUGGAAUCACUGGGAUGUUUGAUGCUGAGUGUUUUCAGAACAUCCAGCAUCACGUUUCUGUUUGUGUUACUGUGUCUGAUUGAAAUGUGUUAGGAGUUUAUCACAAGCUGCUGCUGCUGAUUUGCAUGUUGAAGUUGAAAUGUUGGACGGAAUGAGUUUGUGGAACGUUUUGUUCUUAAAUAUGU